GUAUAUUACAGUUUAAAAGCCACUAGUUAUUUGCGUCACCAAGGUGUUUGUCUGCUGCUAGAGUUCGCUAAUUAGUUAAAUGGCGUCUGAGCCCACACAAGAGGAGCUUGCGCUUGCACAGCCGGAUCCACCUGAGUCCGCCGCGAUCGAUGCGUGGUACAUGGAUGACUCCUCCGAAGAUCAGCGACUUCCCCAUCGGCGGAGUCCCAAUGAACCCUGCCCACUGUCCAAGCUUCGGGAGCUAGGUGUCCUAUACUGGCGGUUGGACGCUGACAAGUACGAGACGGAUCCGAGGCUGGCUGCCAUCCGGAAAGUGCACAACUAUUCGUACAUGGAAAUUGUUAACAUCUCCCCCACCACGCUUCCAAACUACGAUGAGAAAAUCAAGAUGUUUUACGAGGAGCACAUUCACUCCGAUGACGAGAUUCGCUACGUGUUAGAUGGCUCAGGCUACUUCGAUGUACGGGAUCUGGAAGACCGUUGGAUCCGGAUCGACUGCCGUAAGGGUGAUCUGAUUGUGUUGCCGGAGGGCAUCUACCACCGCUUCACCCUCGACACCAACAACUAUACCAAGGCGAUGCGGCUUUUCGUCGGUGCGCCCAUAUGGACGCCGUACAACCGGCCUCAGGAGGAGCACGCCUCCCGUCAGCGCUACUUGGAGAAGUUCUCCGGGGCAGCAGCGCUGGAGGCGGCCGUGAGCGCGUGAUGAGUAACUGCUGCAUUCAGGGCGGCGUCCCCGCCCUCGCUGCCCAUGUCAGCCUCAGGGCCAUAUGCGUGGGUGCAUGGUGUGGGAGGAUAUUAUGAGCGGCGGGAGGUAGUGGUUGGGGAUCAGAGGGUUGGUUUAGGGAACAGUCGGUCUGGCAUACUUUUGGACCCAGCAGGUUGUUAUUUUGAUGUACCGGAUAAUGGCGGCGGCUGUGUUUGCUUGGGGGUGGUAAUGGAGUAGGCCGGAUAGGAGGUGUGAUUAGGUGAAUCUCUCUGGCAGAUACUUACUAAUAUAUACUUCUGCUGAGUGCAUGUGUGGCUGCAUCUUAUGUGGAUGGUUACCCAUCCAGAAGCUUCUCUCAGGUUGGAGGUUGGAUCUCAUCUGAGUAAAUAGGAGGGUAAAAGAUAAGAUCGAAUAGGAGGGGAAAUAAGAAAAGGGGAAGGCUCCUGAUGUUGAGGGUAGGUGGUUUACAACGAGGUUUUUGUACGGAAACGCACAUGAUCCAUUAAUACUGCUGAUUUAUACUGUUUUUUUACAACCUACAUUCAAAUCCGUGUACGUGCGCGCUUGCUCCUCUGUGCCUAGGUCUUGUCUGUUUGCUGUGAGCUGGAUGAGCGUGGCCGUGUGCUGUUGCGCAGUUGGGCCUGUGCUGCCCCCCGUUCGGAUACACAUCUAGUAGGUGGCGAAGGGUGAUGGGGCAUGAAGUGCACUCACUCCCGCGUGCAACCUUGGCGGGAACGUGCUGGUUUACAUAUCUGGUGGUAUGUUCUGGCGGGACAAUUGUGAUUCUCCACUCUUAUCUAUGACUGGCGGCCUUCUGAUGCUUGCCAGCCACCGUCCAAUAAUAAAGCAAAGUUGUGCACCCGUACCUGAACGAUUAGUAACGAUCAACGUCGACAACGUAAUGCUAUAUGCAUGACCCUGCCGACCUGCACCAAGCGUGUGUAUGUAAGUUUUCUAUGGAG